UUUGUGUGAAUUGGUGAUUUAGCACCCGUAUGGCAUUAUAAAUAGCAAAUACUGAGAUAAUAAACGCGGUGCUCACGCCUGUUUUUCUAAUUAUAUAAUUUACACACAAUGAUUACUUGAACUUUGUAAAAUGUCUCGACACAGGAACGUCCGUUCUGAAUUCGUGAAUUACUCUGAUGAGUAUGAGGGAUAUGACGAUGUUUAUGGGCAUUCCGUUGAAGAUGAUUACUGUGUUUCUCCAAGCGUUUCAAUUUUAGCGGAACAAUUCUUAUUUGACCGAAACAAGCAGCAUAACAUUUCUUCAUACAUUACGGAAGAUGACAUAGCGGAGGAAGAUGAAACUCAAGAGGAAACGCCAUUGCCCUCGAGCUAUAAAAAACCGGAACUCUCAGUUCUUGAUGCAACAAAAUUAGAAUCCUGCAUCGAAGUUAUAAAAAAUGUUGUCGGCGACUCGAUCCCUGAAUCUACACUCACGGAAAUUAUUCUCAAGCAUAACCUUAACUCAGAAGCUGCACUUGACGCUAUACUUGCUACUACAUCGUCAAACAAUGCAUCUGAAAAGCCGGUCCUUAAUCAAAAUAGUGAGGAUCUUCUUCAAGGUAAAAAACUAGCUGCUAAACCAGCUGUACCUGUGCUACUAUCCUCCCCCGCUGUAAAAGUAAUUCCAUCAGCGACACGGUCGGUCGUCAAAGGCUUUGAUAUUAGUGGAACAGACGGAGAUUUCCUUAACACAACAGUUGAGAGUCCGAGAUCUCAAAGUCCAUUCUCUGGGCAAACCUCACCUGAUAUUCGAAGAAAGGACAUCAAAACAGUUUCAUCAAAAUCAAAUACCCCGAGAUGUCAGUCUCCAGCAGCAGAACAAGAUAAUAAAUCGAAAUCAAAUAGUAAAAAAUUGGAUGCAAUCAGCCUGUUUAAGAAUGUCCGUGGAGACAUAAAGGAACAGUUGCACUUGGUAGUCGUCGGCCAUGUUGAUGCUGGAAAGAGCACAUUACUGGGUAGGCUUCUCUGCGAUCUAGGACAGGUGUCUUCAAAAUUAUUACACAAAUUUCAAACUGAAAGCAAGAAGAUUGGCAAGCAAUCGUUUGCGUACGCAUGGGUGCUCGAUGAAACUGGUGAAGAAAGGGAACGUGGUAUCACAAUGGACGUUGGUCACUCGAAAUUUGAAACCGCUACUAAAACUAUUACACUUUUGGACGCCCCAGGUCACAAAGAUUUCAUUCCAAACAUGAUUAUGGGUGCGACGCAGGCCGAUGUUGCACUCCUAGUUGUUGAUGCCACGAGGGGAGAAUUUGAAACUGGUUUUGACAGCGGUGGACAAACGAGAGAACAUGCUUUGCUUUUACGCUCUCUUGGUGUCUCUCAGCUGGCAGUAGUAAUAAACAAAUUGGAUACCGUUGACUGGUCCAAGGAUAGAUACGAUGAAAUAGUUGAAAAGAUGAAAGUUUUCCUCAAGCAGGCUGGUUUUCGAGAUGCCAUACCAUUCGUACCAUGUAGCGGUUUGUCCGGGGAGAAUUUAGUCUCCAAGUCCAAGGAAGAAGGUCUCAUUAAAUGGUACAAAGGACCCACCUUGACCGAAGUUAUCGAUCAAUUCAAAUGUCCGGAACGGCCAGUUGACCAACCAUUCAGGUUUUCCGUAAAUGACAUUUACAAGGGAACUGGCUCAGGAUUUUGUGUGUCAGGACAUGUUGAGACUGGGAUAAUUUCCACCAGUGAUAAGGUGUUAGUACUACCCCACAACGAAGUCGCUUCUGUCCGAGGCUUACAGAUAGAUGAGAUGCCUGUAACAAAUGGGUUUGCCGGUGACCAUCUUGUCUUCACAUUGACGGGGAUAGAUCAGCAGAUUAUAGCCGUUGGUGACUUGUUAUGUGAUCCCCAGCACCCGGUCCCAGUUACGACUCGAUUUGAAGCGCACAUAGUAAUAUUUGCUGUAGCGAUGCCGAUUACUCGUGGCCUUCCAGUAGUAAUGCAUCACCAGUCUCUCGUGGAGCCAGUGGUGAUAAAGAAACUCGUUGCUCAGCUCCACAAAAGUUCUGGGGAAGUGAUAAAAAAAAAACCUCGAUGUCUGCCUAAAAAUUCUAGCGCCAUAGUUGAAAUAGAAACUCAGCGACCAGUUUGCAUGGAAUUAUUCAGAGAUGUUAAACAACUUGGCAGAGUUAUGCUGCGUGUGGGUGGUUCUACUAUAGCUGCUGGUUUGGUUACUAAGAUAUACUGAACUAAACGGAAUAAUUUUGUACAAGGAUGGCUUAUAACAAUGAAUUUUAGUAUUUUACAAUAUACCUGCGAUAUAAUAUAUUUAUAAAUUACGAUGAUUUUUAAUACUAAUUAGAUUGUAGAAUUAAUUAUGUUACUUUUCAGCCAAUAAAAUCAUCGGUAACGUUAUAAAAU